GUUGUUCCCUACACAUCUCCCUCUCUGCUCAGACUUAGGCCAGGACGGGGAGAGGCACACACACUCUCCUUCACACACCAUUUCCAAGCGUAGGACCUACCUCCUCCUAGAACACCCAGCGUAGGGGAAGCCGGAGUCCCCUAACUCACACUUCAGUGUCCGAGUCCAUCAUGGAGCUGUUUGAGACCAACCCUUACUUCUUUCCUGACCAGCGCUUCUACGAGGGGGGGGACAGCUACUUCCCCUCCCGUCUGCCUGGGGGGUACGACCAGGGGGGCUACCAGGAGAGGGGCUCCAUGAUGGGGCUGUGUGGGGGUUUGUCUGGAGGCGUCGGGGUAGGGGCCGGGGGUAUGGAGGACAAGGCCUCUCCCUCCAGCCUCUCCCCCAACUCAGAACCCCACUGCCCGGGGCAGUGUCUUCCCUGGGCCUGCAAGCUUUGCAAGCGCAAGACGGUGACCAUGGACCGUCGGAAAGCGGCCACGCUCAGGGAGAAGCGGCGCCUGAAGAAGGUGAACGAGGCCUUUGAGGCCCUGAAGAGGAGCACGCUCAUGAACCCCAACCAGCGGCUGCCCAAGGUGGAGAUCCUGCGCAGCGCCAUUCAGUACAUCGAGAGGCUGCAGGCGCUGGUGUCCUCGCUCAACCAGCAGGACAGCGAGAGCGGACAGCAGGGCGUCCAUUACCGCCCAGCGGGAGCCCAGCCCAGAGUGUCGUCGUCAAGCGAGCAGAGAUCAGGCAGCACCUGCUGUAGCAGCCCAGAGUGGAGCAGCGCCUCGGACCAGUGUACGCACAACUACAGCAACGAGGACUUUCUGAGCGCCGACUCUCCAGACCAGACCAACCUGCGCUCCCUGACCUCCAUCGUGGACAGCAUCACCGCCGCUGAGGGCCCUGUGGUGUACCCAGUACCGGUGGACAUUCCCAAGUAAAGCCCCCAGCCGGGAGCGCCACAGUCAGACACACAGAGGCUAACACACCAGGGCUGAGUUCUAGACAAGGCCAUUCAAGUAUUGACAUUUUUUGAUUAUUAUCAAUUAUUAUCAAGUCACCAUUCAUGUGAAUCCUACCAUAGAAUAAGGUGACACCAAUCUGAAAAAUAGACCUUGUGUUUUAUGAUCUGUAGUGAUCAUCUGGGAACCAAAACUUAUAGAACCAACCUCAGACCUCCUCUUCUUCUUCUCCACCCUGAGAUCUUGUUCCCUUCUGAGGUUCCCCUUUCCUCCUCUCCUCCUCUCCUCCUGUCCUCCUCUCCUUCCUCUUGAACCCUGUGGUCCACACCUCCUCCAGAGCUCCAGGACCAGACUCUACCAUGAGAACCCACUGACUCCUGCAUGACUUUCACCAAAGAUCUCCUUCCAGUGGGGAUCUCCCUUAGGCUUCUGCCUGGAGUCAUUCUGAGGUGGAGGUGGAGAGAAAGCCUAGUUUUUCUGUCCUAACUUAAAGAAAUCCAAUCUUUCGAAACCUAGAUCCCUGAUCUAUCUCGCAUUCUGUUUGUGUGUGUUUUAUGCUUAAAAACAUGAGUUUAUUUGUGGGGCCAAUCAAGUACCAUGGCAGUUUUGACCAAGAUCUGCUUAAUUUAAACUGGUUAUUAAUGCUAGUGAUGUAAAUACUUUCCGUUUUUCUACAGAGUGGUUUUGCUAUUUUAUUUUCUAUUUUUUGCUAACUUAUUUUUGACUUUUAUAACGAAGAUUGUUGUGUAUUUGUAGAUUUUGCAAGAAGUGAUAUUCUGAUCAGUCCUUGCAUUAAAGACCAUUUUCAA